ACACAAUGGCACAAUUUGGGAUGGUGUUGCUGCUUUUGACUCAAUCUGUCACAUCUGCUUUUAUUAUUAAUCUCACAAAGAUUAAAGUCUACCCAGAGCAUGGCACUAUCUAUGGUGUUUCUCAAGUAUCCCACUUGGAUGGCUAUGCAUUCAAUGCAUCUGUUGCAAGAGAUGUGUGUCACCAACUGGGUUUGACUAUAGCAGACAAGUCGCAGGUGAAAUACGCUCUGGAUCAUGGCUUCGAAACAUGCAAGUUUGGCUGGAUAGAUGAACAAGUUGCUGUAAUUCCCCGAAUUCAAUCCAAAGCAAACUGUGGUAAAGGUGAAGUUGGAAUGGUUGUGUGGAGGCAACAUCUUUGGGGGAAAUUUGAUGUGUUCUGCUUUAAUUCAACAGAUUUUGAAGCACAAGAGUCUCAAACCACCACUGCAAACAGCCAACCAACCACAGCUGGAGCUCAUUCACAUCCGACUACUCAUUCAGCUUCACACGGCUCGCAGUUUAAUCUCCAGGUCACUUCCUCCAGUCCUUCUCACUCAGUCAGGCCAAACUUCCUGGAAGAAAAGGGUGAAGCACAUGCUCUUGGCAGCAACAGCCCUGCCAAAGGAGCUGGCUUGAUUGCUUCACUCGCAACCAUCUUUAUCUUCCUGCUGGUCAUUGUGAUUGCUGUGUGGUACUUCAGAACGUCCAGGUUCUGUGUGGCACUGUGGAAUGGAACGCAGCCAAAGAAAUGCAUAGAGACUGAGGAUCGUGGGAAACAAAUGAAGGACUUCCAGUCUGGUGUGGAAAACCACAACAUGGAAACCAAAAACGAAGUCACUGUAACUAUCAAUCCAGAAACAGAGGAAGCUGGUGCUAAAUCAGUCAACACCUACGAACACUGAGCACAGCUAGUGCUUGUAUUGUUAACCACAGUGGUUCCCAAACUUUGUAGACCAAGUAUUACCCCUACACAAAGAAAGAGUACCACCAGAAAGUCAUUUCACUGAAACAUGCAUGCUAUACACAUACACAAUGUAACUUCAGUUGAUCUGUGUCUGUUUACAGAAAGGUAAAUCUGCAUGACUUAAUGGAUGCACUGUUGAAUCUAUGUAAAACUAUAAAUACAACACAGUUUUAAACAGAUUCUAAAUUAAUAUAUUUUAUUUUCAUUUUACAAAGUAGUCUUUAGUACCUAAAUGUUAAGGGUGCUUCAUCUACCAACAGUGGUACUCAUACCACAGUUUGGGAAACACUGGUUUAACAGAAUGGCAUCAAACAAAUAAAUUUAUUUUUUAAUGAAACAAUUUUUUAUGUAAUUAAACACUGUUUUGCUGUUGAUUUGUAAUGUAGUUGAUGUAUAUAAUGUUUUUUAUACUUAUUUUGUUAUAACGCCACAUCUUUAAGUAAUGUCUUGUUUUUAAUAAAGCUUACAUGCCAGUGAAUUGAUUUUUUUUUAUUACAGACCUUUAUAAUAUUCAGAGAAAAGCAUUGGCAUCCAUGUAUUUACUGCUUAGUGGUGCAACCAUGCAUAACAAACGUGUCUUUUUGUUUAGUUUCAAUGAAAUACAUUUGAGCCAAUAAUCCAAG